AGUUGCAUAGGUUAGGUUAUUGUCAAAAUAAAAUGAGUUCUAAAAAUCUCAGACUGCCUUUAUUAGGCAGAAAGUAUGGACCAGGAUUUCUGCAAUUACUAAGAAAUAUUUCCUCUAACAAUGAUCAAUGUAAAUUUGAUGUCGUUGUCAUUGGAGGUGGUCAUGCUGGUACAGAAGCUUGUGCAGCUGCUGCCAGAAUGGGUGCAAAGACGUUACUAGUUACUCAUAAAAAAGGCACAGUAGGAGAAAUGUCAUGCAAUCCAUCCUUUGGUGGAAUUGGGAAGGGAAAUCUCAUGAGAGAAGUGGAUGCUUUAGAUGGCAUUUGUUGUCGUAUAUGUGAUCUGUCUGGAAUUCAAUAUAAAAUAUUAAACAAGAGUAAAGGACCAGCUGUAUGGGGUUACAGAGCCCAAAUAGAUCGCGAUUUAUAUAAAAAACAUCUUCAAAAAGAACUUUUCAGUACACCUGGCCUACAAAUAUGCGAAUCUUCCGUAGAAGAUUUAAUUUUACAUGGAGAUUCUCCACAUUGCCGUGGAAUAAUUUUAAGAGAUGGAACAAAAAUACACAGUGAUGCUGUUGUUAUAACAACAGGCACCUUUUUAAAGGGUGAAAUUAAUAUUGGUUUAGAAAAAAGACCUGCUGGUAGACUUGGUGAUGAACCCAGUAUAGAAUUAGCUAAUACAUUAGAAAGAAUUGGGUUUAAGAUGGGAAGAUUAAAAACUGGUACACCACCGAGAUUAGAAAAAUCAACAAUCGAUUUUUCUGUGUGCAUAGAACAGAAACCAGACGAAGUAUCAACACCAUUUUCGUUUAUGAACGAAACUGUUUGGUUACCUGUGGAACAACAAAUGAGCUGUUAUUUAACUUAUACAACGGACGCUAUCACAAAAAUUAUAAAAGAUAAUAUGCAUUGUAACUUACACGUUACAGAAGAAAUAUCAGGACCACGGUAUUGUCCAAGCAUAGAAAGCAAAGUUCUCAAAUUUGCGUCUUCCGAGCAUCAAAUUUGGCUAGAACCGGAAGGAUUAGAUUCACCUAUAAUUUAUCCUAGUGGAUUAUCGUGUACACUCCCCGCGGAGAAACAAGAAGAACUUAUCAAAUGUAUUCCAGCAUUAGAAAAUGCAAAAAUGUUAAAACCAGGUUAUGGAGUAGAAUACGAUUACAUCGAUCCAAGGGAACUAAACGUUACAUUAGAAACAAAAAGAAUACCAGGAUUAUUUCUUGCUGGACAGAUAAAUGGUACAACCGGUUACGAGGAAGCAGCCGCACAAGGAAUUGUAGCAGGUGUUAACGCUGCAGCUAAGGUUCUCAAUAAAAAGCCUCUGAUACUAAGUCGAACAGAAAGUUACACCGGUGUCCUUAUCGACGAUCUUAUAAUCUGUGGAACAAACGAACCCUAUAGAAUGUUCACCAGUCGUGCAGAAUUUCGACUGAGUCUACGACCGGAUAACGCAGAUCGAAGACUCACUAGAAAAGGUUACGAAAGUGGUUGCGUAUCAGAGGAACGAAUGAGGAAAACAGAAGCAAUUUUAUCCAAACUGGACGAAAAUAUCGAAUUGCUUAAAAAAGAUAUAUACUCGUGUAUAAAGUGGUGCAAGGUGCUUAAUUUACCAAUGACUAAAAAUUCUCAACUGAAAUCUGCUUUCGAUAUGCUACGUAACCCAAAUGUAAACAUCGAUAUGAUAAUCGCAGCAUUUCCAGAGCGUUUUGGACAUCUCGCCGAUGAUCCAAUCGUGAAGCAAAGAUUACAGAUAGAAGGGAUUUAUGAAGCGGGCAUCGAGGGACAACAGCAAGAGGUCAAUGAAAUUCGCAAGAACGAACAGAUGAUCAUACCGCCAACGAUGGACUAUAGCUUACGUCAAUUAAACCUAUCCACGGAAGAAAAGGAAAAACUCUCGGAAUUACAACCGUACACCAUUGCUGCAGCCAGUCGAAUCCCAGGUAUCACUCCAAGCACUAUCUUGCGAAUGAUAUAUUAUAUCAGAUCAAAUGUCCAUAGUAGGACAUGCGUGUAA